AUGGCGAGCAGAACGGCUGAUUUUUCUGGUUUGACGCUUGAGCAACUCCUGGACAAGUUGUCCACUAGUGCCGACUUAAGGUCCGCCCUCCCGACGCUCUUCAAAGAAUGCGGCCGCAUAAGCAAAGCCCUCCGCAACACGAAAGUCACAAAGUCAGGCACCAGCAACAGUUUCGGGGACGAACAGCUCUCCGUGGAUCUCCUGGCUGAGCGUCACCUGAGGAACUGGGCAAAGGCGUGCCCAUCGGUAAAGGCCAUCAGUAGUGAGGAAGAAACAAAUCUGGAGGAAGUUAAUCCCGGGGGUUCCCUUGUGGUCUGCUGGGACCCGCUGGAUGGGAGCAGCAUUAUUGACUGCAACUGGAGCGUCGCAUCGAUCUUUGGAAUUUGGCAGAUUGGGGAAAAAGGGUUACAGUGGAAUGGGCCAAACACACUUAUCGGCGCCACAGGCCGUCAGCUGGUCGCGGCGCUUCUGGUUAUCUAUGGACCACGGACGACAGCCCUUCUUGCUGUUGAUGGCUCAACGUUUGACCUUCAGCUGGAUGCAGACGAUGGGGAUCCUGUGGUCCUGAGGGGCCCUUGCAGCAUCCGGAAGGAAGGAGCCAAGAUCUUUUCCCCUGCAAACCUCAGAGCUGCCCAGGAUCUUCCGGCAUACAACAAAAUGGUGCAGCAGUGGAUGGAGAAGAGAUACACACUCAGAUACACAGGGGGGCUUGGUCCCGACGUCUAUCAAUUGUUUGUAAAGGGUCACGGGGUCUUCUGCAACCCCGCGAGCAGCGGGGCACCAGCGAAGCUCCGCCUUGCGUAUGAAGUGGCCCCGAUUGCUUAUCUAGUAGAAGCGGCAGGGGGGCGUUCAAGCAAUGGAAAGUGCUCUGCUCUCGAUGUAGCCCUCGAAAAAAUGGACCACCGCACAGCUUUCUGCUGCGGCACCGAAGGAGAGGUCACUAAUUUUGAAGCAGCGUUACGUUCGUGA